AUGGAUUCACCAGAUACUGCGGGGAACACCCAGGAAUCCAUGCUGUCGAUGUUCAGAACCAACGGACCUAUGAUGAUCACUGGUGGUCAGUAUACCAUCUCAAACAACACUUCUCCUUCAACAGCCCAUGAUCUGCGCCAAGUCUUAUUGGACCUCUUUGAGCGACACGUCUCUCUCAGCGCUACACACGACACUAUUGAGGACCACCGGCCAACUCUGUGCAGCCCUUUCUCAGCACAGCAGCAACUGUUGGUUACGCGGCUGCUUGUCUGGGCACGCAACAACGAUCCACACGCGCCUCCCGUUUUAUGGGUGACGGGUCCAACCAGGUCAGGAAAGACGGCCAUUGCAAGCACAUUUGCCGAAAUCCUACAAAGCAACGAUUUGCUAGGUGCCACCUUUUUCUUAAACCCCGAGUCCAACGAUAACGGGGAGAGAGGGGGAAUAACGACGCGUGGCGCAACUGAACCUUUCCUGGUUCCAACCCUCGCACUGCAGCUCUGCGAGACCGUGCCCGCGCUCCAGCCGCUUAUGAUCUGCGUGAUGCAGCGCGCGCCAUUCCUCUUUCAGCGGUCGCUCUCCACCCAGAUGGAGCGGCUCAUCGUCCAACCCUUAUUAAUGUUACCGUUUGUGUCUAUUGACGGCAACGAAGCAACCAAAUUCCAACCAGUCAUUAUUGUCGACGGUCUGGAUAGCCAUCACGCUGCGGGUGGCGCAGCGGAGAGGGUGCUAAAUGCAAUUCAAGAUGCCGCACACCGCCUUCGCGGCCGUGUGAAAUUUCUCAUUCUCAGUAGGCCGCAGUCCACCAUGCUUGCAUCCAUGAAUUCGAUUACUCUGCGCAUUGACCUCGAGCCCACCACGCAUGCCAUCCACACAAAUAGCCCUUUGAUUAUCAAUGAUAACCAAACCGUCGGCAUUGACGCUAUAGUUCAACCAUCCCCUAGGGACGCAUGGAACCUUCCCCAAAAUCCAACGGUCACUCCAAUUAGCCAUACACACUUGACUGAGAAUGUAAACCACUCAAUGGUAAAUCAAGCAACAGCAACUAACUCAGGAUAUGCUGCGCAAACACAGACCUUCUAUAUGCCCCCAUUACCAGACAAAGAUAUCUGUGUUGAAUGCAUGAUGCGCGACGCUGACAUGGCCGAUGUCGAUGUACUCUCACCGGGUGCCUGGGAGCGGGAAAGUGAUUAUGUCUUCGAGGAGCUUAAGGCCCGACAACAGGAGGAAGAAGCAAAUGGUGGCUCAACCCAUCUACCUAACGCCAAGGCGAAGCCCACGAUUGCUACAACUGCUGAUCCAUUAACGGAAAGUAAUUUCAAGCUAUGGUCAAAGGAAUCCUCUUACGAGCUAUCAGCCAACCCUACCCGUAUCCGUAUUCUCACCGAAUAUCUCAAAUCGCAAUGGGAUCUUCUGGAAUCGGAGCAAGCCUCGCGCUAUUCCGAGACAAGUACUGGUUCAUCGAGCCAAAAAGUACAGCCAACACACGAACACCCGACAUUCAGCGACCAUUCGAACCGUUUGAUGUCAGAUAAUUGUGAUGUGAAAUCUCUGCAACAAGGUCAUUUAGCGCCCGACUCUCAUACCCAUAUGGGGUUAGGCCCAAAAGAAAUGGCGAUCGAGUUGAAGGUCCAUGAUCGACAGCAAAAUGCGGCGAGAUCUGUAGAAGAUCAACCACAAUCGGCGAAAAAAGAAACACUAACUUGUGAUGAGUCUUUACUUUAUUCAUAUUCAAUCAAUACUACAUUCGCCACUCCAGAAUUUGCUACCACCGACGACCCUCCAAAGAUGGAAUUCCAACCACUCCUGGACUACCCUUUUCUUUCAACAGUGGCCCUGAAAGGCCUAAAUUCUCUUCUUAUCGGCGAGCAACAGAAAACCCCACCUUGA